AUCGCCCCUUCCGUAAUGUCAAUAGAAGCACAUGGUCCGUGUUUGUUGCAGGAAGUGAAGAUGGCGGACCAGUCGUUGCUAUCUGAGUCUGCUCUCGGGUGGUCUAUAUUCGCCCUUGUAUUUUUGGUGAUCCUGUCCUUCUGUUGGGUCUACAUCAGGAAGUACCAGAGCCGCCAAGAGAGUGAGGUCAUCUCAACCAUCACUGCAAUAUGCGCAUUGGCCAUUGCACUGAUAACCUCUGCACUUCUUCCAGUGGAUAUAUUCCUAGUGUCUUACAUGAAGCACCCCAACGGUACUUACAAGGAGUGGGCAGAAAACAAUGAGACACGAGGCCAAAUCGAAGACACUGUGCUGUAUGCUUAUUACUCACUGUACUCUCUCCUCCUGUUCUGUGUCUUCCUGUGGAUCCCCUUUGUCUACUUCUAUUAUGAGGAGAAGGAUGAUGACAACAUCAACAAGUGUUCACAAGUGAAAAAUGCUCUGAAAUACACAAUUGGAUUCAUCAUCGUCUGUGCAGCACUGCUAUUAAUUGGGGCCUUCGUUCCUCUUGAAGCCCCACCUAAUCAGAAUGGUACCCAGUGGGAAAAGAUGCAGUAUCUGUUUGAGGAGCUGGGGAACAACCAUGGUGUACCAGCUCUGUCUUUCUCCAUCAGCUCAUUGACCUUGAUUGGCAUGUUGGCAGUGAUCACUUACACGGCGUAUGGUAUGUCAGUGCUGCCGUUGAACCUGAUUAAAGGGACACGCAGUGUGGUGUACGAGCGUCUGGAGAACACUGAAGAUAUUGAAGAGGUUGAACACCAGAUGGAAAAGAUCAAAGCCAAGGUGGGUCUCAGUUAUCACCAACGUAGGGACCUGUCCUCUUUUGAGGACAAGCUACAGGUGCUCCAGAGGAGGGGCAGGCACCUGGAGAUAGCAGAGAGUCACUGCUGCACCAAGGUUGGAUCUGCCCUCAGACCACUCAAGAUUCUGCUGGGAAUUUUCUUCAUCCUGUUCGCUCUGCUGUUUGUUGUGGCUCUGUUCAUUUCAAAUUUGGACAAAGCUCUUCACUCUGCUGGCAUCAGUUCUGGCUUCAUGGUGUUUGGCACCAACCUGACCAACCCUCUGAAUGAACUCCUGCUGACUCUACAGCCUGUGUUCCCGUUGGAUUAUGUCCUGAUCACUGUCAUCACCAUGUACUUUGUGUUCACCUCCAUGGCCGGCAUCAGGAACUUGGGCAUCUGGUUCUUCUGGAUACGGCUGUACAAGAUCAGACCCAAGAGAACCCGUCCCCAGGCCCUCCUCUUCCUCUGCAUGAUUCUACUGCUGAUUGUCCUUCACACCAGCUUCAUGAUCUACAGUCUGGCCCCGCAGUACGUCAUGUACGGGAGCCAGAACUAUCUGCUGCAGAGCCCGAUGCCACCAGGGAAUAAUACCACUUGGACUACCAAGACCUGCGAUGCCGACGCACCUCAAGACGAAUGCACAGUGACGAGGUCGUACCUUUUCCUCCACAAGUUCUGGUUCUUCAGUACCAUCUACUACUUUGGUAACUGGGUGUUUAUCGGGGUUUUCCUCAUUGGCCUGUUGGUGUCAUGUUGUAAGGGGAAGAAAUCAGUGAUCGAAGGAGAGGUGGAGGCAGAUGACUCUGACAUGAGUGAAGACGAAUAUGUCCACUGACAAGACCACAGCCUGCCGGACCUGGGUUCAAAUACUAUUUGAAAUGUUUUAAAUACUUUUGAGCAUUUGCUUUAGCCUGCCUGGGAGUGUCGGGUGGGCGGGGUUUGCAUGUUCUGGACUUUUCUAUUGGUUCACCUGCAAAAGGCAGGCUUAAUCAAAUACAAUUGAAGUAUUUUAAAUCAUUUUAAACAGUGUGCCCUAAUGAAUAUGGCCCAGGUCUGCUACCUGCAUUUAAACCGGAUUGGUUUCUGUUACCGCUGGUUUGCUAUAACAUAAGAAUUUGACAUUUGGAUUGUUCAUACAAGGCAGUAAAACUUUAAUUUGAACUGUUGUUUUCUGGUUUCUGCCUGAGAUUGGUUAAUAUUCCACAACGUUGUGUUGAUACUGAUUUAUUAUAACAGGAGAGGGUGAUGGUGAGGUUGCUUUUUUCUAUUAGGGCAACGUUUUGUUUUUGUUCAGUCAAGUGUCUUUGUUCAAAGCAGUAUGUAAACCCUGAAUGCAUCCCAAAUGGCACCCUAUUUCAAAUAUAGUGCACUUCUUUUGACCAAAGCCCUAUUGGACCCUGGUCAAAAGUAGUGCACUAUAUAGGAAAUAGUGUUCCAUUUGAGAUGCAACCCUCUUUGUGUUACUAUGGGUAUGUGCCUGUUGUUUCAAAUGUCAUCUCCACCAAUUCCAUGUUUUAUGUUUCCAAAAAGAAAUAUUUAGUGUUGCAAAAUUCUGGUAUAUUUUCCAAAAUGAGAGGAUUCUGAAUUUCCUGCUUAUUUCCCUCACUAUUCUGGGAAUCUUCAAAUGGGGACGAAAAAGCCAGAAAACCAGGUGAUUUGUGGAACGUUCCCAACAUUUUCCAACCCUAAGAAAGAUCCCUGGUUGAGAACCAAACGGUGAGUUAUUCAACAAGCCUGUGGUACUGGAUGUUUUGGAUCCUGAAAAGACCAGAUGUUGUCGGGGAAACAUCGUCCAGGAUUACUUUGUUUCUGAUUUAUUUGAACUCAGCACAUUUUUGUUGUCAUGUACAUUUCUGUAAUAUAUGGCUGGAUAAAUGUUUAUUUUAGCCUUUAACAGAUGUAUUAUUUUUAAGAUUACUAACUUAGCACAUUCAGCAUGUUAACUUACAGCAACAAAUAUGGACAUGUAUUUGAGACCAUAUUGAUAAUGCACAUUGCUGAGUUAAAAUAUAUAUUCUCUUAUCCCUGAUUUUGGUUGUGUUUGGUUGGGCUUAGCUUGACUAACUGUUAUUGCGUUGAUGAAUUGAUUUGCUGUAAAGUUAUCUGAACAUGAACCGAGCAUAAUAUCACUUGACUACUGAUCACGAUGUCAAUUUACUUUAUGAAUUUGGAAUAAAAUAUGAAUUCUGAAUUGA